UCCUCUCAUUAUAGUACCUGAUCAAAAAGAACGUCUACUCACAGACUCAUUCAUUUCCAAAUCCGAGGCUCUAUCUUCAGUAUGUGCUCAGCCAGACCUAAACCUCAAUUCAGAUCCUAUCCAGACUUCACUCCCAGAUCCACCCUCAAUGGAGGCCACACUUGUAGAUUCCCUAAUUAUCCCGAAUGUAACCACUUCUGCAAACGAGUCUUGGCUACUUGCCAACUCGAAGACUGUUGCUAGGCGCCAGCGUCGCGGUAGGUGGCAGAAGUUACAGAAGGAGCACAAGGAACAACAGGAUAAAUGUAGUUCCACUCCACCAAACUUUCCUGAUAUAUCGGAGGAUUUUACGAAAGAUUCAGGCGCAGAUGAAACAAAAUUUGUUGAGCCUCAUUCCAUCGAUGUCAUCCCCACUCUAGUCGAAGAUAUUAACCGUUCAAGCCUGAUGCAAUCAACUCAGUCUUUAUGCAAGGUUGGUAUGCCUAUUUUCUCUUAA